AUGCCCGAGGCCGGGCCGCAAGCCACCUUCAAGGAGCUCUCGCGAGAGCGAAUUGAGGCUGGCGACUGCGGACCGACAGACAGCCAGUUUUGCUUCUUGUGGCUCAAGGCCGGUGCAGACCUGGCCGUGGAGGAAGCCACUCGUCAGCUGGCGCAGAAGUACCGCCGAGACCCCAUCAAG